GGUACGAAACAAAAGCGAGAGCGGAAAAAGACUGUGUCAUUUAGCAGUAUGCCAACUGAGAAAAAGAUCAGCAGUGCGAGUGACUGUAUAAACGCGAUGGUUGAAGGCUCUGAGCUCAAAAAGAUUCGAUCCAACUCUAGGGUGUACCACAGAUAUUUUCUUUUAGACGCAGACAUGCAGUCUCUACGCUGGGAACCUUCCAAAAAGGAUUUGGAAAAAGCAAAGAUUGAUAUCAAAUCAAUCAAAGAAGUAAGAACAGGAAAAAAUACAGAUAUUUUUCGAAGCAAUGGAAUAUAUGACCAGAUAUCAGAAGACUGUGCAUUUUCAAUUAUAUAUGGAGAGAACUAUGAAUCACUAGAUCUUGUUGCUAACUCAGCAGACAUUGCAAAUAUUUGGGUUACUGGCUUAAGAUACCUGAUUUCUUAUGGAAAACAUACUCUAGAUAUGAUAGAAAGUACUCAAGAUAAUAUGCGGACUUCAUGGCUUUCACAAAUGUUCAGUGAAUCAGAUGUAAAUAAUUUGGGACAUAUACCCCUGUGUAAUGCUGUACAGUUUAUAAAAGACUUGAAUCCUGGUUUAAAGACUAAUAAAAUUGAACUAAAAUUCAAGGAGUUACAUAGAUCCAAGGAAAAAACUGGUACUGAAGUUACAAAAGAAGAGUUUAUUGAAGUUUUUCAUGAGCUUUGUACCAGACCUGAAAUCUAUUUCCUGUUGGUUCAGUUUUCAAGCAAUAAAGAAUUUCUAGAUACCAAGGACCUCAUGAUGUUUUUGGAAGCGGAACAGGGUAUGGCACACGUCACUGAAGAAAUAAGCCUUGAAAUAAUUCAGAAAUACGAGCCAGCCAAAGAGGGACGGGAAAAGGGUUGUCUUUCUAUAGAUGGGUUUACAAAUUACCUUACUUCACCAGACUGCCACAUAUUUGAUCCAGAACAUAAAAAAGUUUGUCAAGAUAUGAAACAACCUUUAUCUCAUUAUUUUAUAAAUUCAUCUCAUAAUACAUACUUGAUAGAGGAUCAGUUUCGAGGGCCUUCUGACAUCACAGGUUACAUUCGUGCUCUUAAAAUGGGUUGUCGAAGUGUUGAACUGGAUGUAUGGGAUGGUCCAGAUAAUGAGCCUGUGAUUUACACAGGUCAUACAAUGACAUCGCAGAUUGUCUUCCGUAGUGUGAUUGAUAUUAUUAACAAGUAUGCAUUUUUUGCUUCAGAAUACCCUCUUAUUUUGUGUUUAGAAAAUCAUUGUUCUAUUAAGCAGCAGAAGGUGAUGGUACAACACAUGAAGAAGAUUUUGGGGGACAAACUACAUACACAGUCUCCAAACAUUGAAGAGUCUUAUCUUCCAUCACCAGAAUCGCUUAAAGGGAAAAUACUAGUUAAAGCAAAGAAGCUUUCUUCUAAUUGUUCUGGACUAGAGGGAGAUGUUACAGAUGAAGAUGAAGGAGCAGAAAUGUCACAGAGAGUAGAAGAACAACAAAACUCGAUGAUGGGAAAACGAUUUCAGCUCUGCAAAGAACUCUCUGAGUUGGUAAGCAUAUGUAAAUCAGUUCAGUUCAAAGAGUUUCAGGUUUCAUUUCAGCUCCAGAAGUACUGGGAAGUGUGCUCGUUUAACGAAGUGCUUGCUAGCAAAUAUGCCAAUGAAAACCCAGGAGACUUUGUAAAUUAUAACAAACGUUUUCUUGCCAGAGUUUUCCCCAGUCCUAUGAGGAUUGACUCUAGUAAUAUGAAUCCCCAGGACUUUUGGAAAUGUGGUUGUCAGAUAGUAGCAAUGAACUUCCAAACGCCUGGCUUAAUGAUGGAUCUUAACAUUGGUUGGUUUCGACAAAAUGGAAACUGUGGCUAUGUCCUUCGUCCUGCUAUCAUGAGAGAAGAGGUAUCCUUCUUCAGUGCAAAUACGAAAGACACAGUGCCUGGAGUUUCGCCUCAGCUGCUUCAUAUUAAAAUCAUUAGUGGGCAAAACUUUCCUAAACCCAAAGGAUCAGGUGCCAAAGGUGAUGUUGUGGAUCCUUAUGUCUAUGUUGAAAUACAUGGCAUCCCUGCGGACUGUGCGGAGCAAAGGACGAAAACUAUGCAUCAGAAUGGAGAUAAUCCAAUUUUUGAUGAAAGUUUUGAAUUUCAAAUAAAUUUACCAGAACUAGCUAUGGUGCGUUUUGUAGUACUGGAUGAUGAUUACAUUGGGGAUGAAUUUAUCGGGCAAUACACUAUUCCCUUUGAGUGUCUACAGACUGGUUAUCGACACGUUCCUCUGCAGUCUUUAACUGGUGAAAUUUUAGCACAUGCUUCCUUAUUUGUGCAUGUAGCCAUUACUAAUCGAAGGGGUGGUGGGAAACCUCAUAAGCGGGGCCUCUCUGUGAGGAAGGGCAAGAAAUCAAGGGAAUAUGCUUCUAUGAGAACACUAUGGAUUAAAACGGUAGAUGAAGUGUUCAAGAAUGCUCUCCAACCUAUUCGGGAUGCCACGGAUUUGAGAGAAAAUAUGCAGAAUGCAGUAGUUUCAUUCAAAGAAUUAUGUGGCCUCUCUCCUGUAGCAAAUCUUAUGCAGUGCAUUUUGGCAGUGUCUACACGCUUGGUUGGGCCUGAUAAUACACCCUUGGUAGUACUGAAUCUCAAUGAUCAGUAUCCGACUAUGGAGCUCCAAGGGAUUGUUCCAGAGGUCUUGAAAAAGAUUGUAACAGCAUAUGACAUG